GGCGUGGCCCGGAAGCCAGCAGCAUGGCGGCGCCGGACAGUGACAGCGAGGAGGACCUGGUCAGCUAUGGCAAGGGCCUGGAGCCCCUGGAAGAAGGUGAAAGACCAAAGAAACCGGUUCCUCUCCAGGACCAGACUGUCCGGGAUGAGAAAGGAAGGUAUAAGCGGUUUCAUGGAGCCUUCAGCGGCGGCUUCUCUGCAGGCUACUUCAACACUGUGGGCUCCAAGGAAGGAUGGACGCCCUCUACCUUCGUGUCUUCCCGACAGAACAGAGCAGACAGAUCUGUUCUCGGGCCCGAAGACUUUAUGGAUGAAGAGGACCUGAGUGAAUUUGGAAUAGCACCGAAAGCCAUUGUCACCACCGAUGAUUUUGCCUCCAAAACCAAAGACAGGAUACAAGAAAAAGCCAGGCAGUUAGCGGCGGUGACUGCGCCUAUUCCCGGGGCCACGCUCCUCGACGACUUCGUAGCACCAGCAAAGUUGUCUAUUGGCUUCGAAUUGCUCAGAAAAAUGGGCUGGAAGGAAGGACAAGGAGUUGGUCCUCGGGUGAAAAGAAGACCACGCCGGCAGAAGCCCGAGUCCGGAGUGAAAGUCUAUGGCUGCGCCCUACCCCCCGGAGACUCCGACGGAUCCCAGGAUGAAGAUGACGACUACCUGCCAGAAAACGUGACCUUCGCCCCCAAAGAUGUCACGCCUGUGGAUUUCACGCCCAAGGAUAACGUGCACGGCCUGGCCUACAGGGGCCUGGACCCCCGCCAGGCACUGUUCGGAACUUCGGGAGAACAUUUUAACCUCUUCGGCGGGGGACCCGAGGAACCCGGCAAUCUUCUGGGAGAUAUUAGAGUGAACAAAGGAAGAAAACUGGGCAUUUCGGGCCAGGCUUUCGGGGUCGGUGCCCUGGAGGAGGAAGAUGAUGACAUUUAUGCCACAGAAACUCUGUCCAAGUAUGACACAGUUCUGCGGGACGAGGAGCCUGGGGAUGGACUCUAUGGCUGGACAGCGCCCAAGCAGUACAGAGGUCAGAAAGACUCCGAGAAAGAUCUUCGAUACGUCGGCAAAAUUCUGGAUGGAUUUUCCUUGGCCUCUAAACCUUUAUCUUCUAAGAAAACGUAUCCACCACCUGACUUGCCCAAAGACUUCCGACCAGUGCAUUACUUCAGGCCCGUGGUGGCCGCGACCACGGAGAACUCCCACUUACGGCAGGUGCUGUCGGAGUCAGCUGGAAAGGCGGCCCCCGGCCUGGGGACGCAAAGUCGGCACCAGCUGAACGCCUCCAAGCGUGGGGAGCUGCUGGGGGAGACGCCUGCUCACGGCUCCACUACCUCAGUGUUAGAAUUUCUGACCCAGAAAGACAAAGAGAGGAUCCAGGAAAUGAAGCAGGCCACGGACCUGAAGGUCGCCCAGCUCAAGGCCCAGCGGCUGGCCCAGUACGCGGCCCGCGGCCGGCUGCAGUCCCCGUCCGCAGACCCCGCGCUCCCCUGGCACACGGCGUGGGGCGGGGGCGGCGCCAGCAGCGCCACGGCCAGCAGCUUCAAACCUUUCGCCAAGGACCCCGAGAAGCAGAAGCGAUACGAGGAGUUUCUGGCGAACGCGAAGAGUGGUCAGAAAGACGCUCUGGAACGCUCUCUGGACCCCAGCAUGACCGAGUGGGAGCGAGGCCGCGAGCGGGACGAGUUCACCCGCGCUGCCCUGCUGUAUGUGUCCUCCUCGUCCACCCUGUCCUCGCGGUUCACGCACGCCAAGGAGGAGGACGACACGGACCAAGUCGAAGUCCCUCGCGACCAAGAGAAUGACGUGGGUGACAAGAAGUCGGCCGUGAAGAUGAAGAUGUUCGGGAAGCUCACCCGGGACACGUUCGAGUGGCACCCCGACAAGCUGCUGUGCAAGCGGUUCAAUGUCCCCGACCCUUAUCCAAAUUCAACUUUAGUUGGCUUACCAAGAGUGAAACGUGACAAAUACUCUGUCUUCAAUUUUCUGACGCUUCCUGAGCCAGCGUCCUUGCCUACAACUCCAGCAUCAAAUGACAAAGGGCCACAGCACCGAGGCGACAAGUCGAGAAAGCCAUCCAGGUGGGAUACGUCUCAACAGGAAAAGAAGGAAGAUUCUAUUAGUGAGUUCUUAAGCUUGGCUAGAUCAAAAGUUGAUUCGCCUAAACCUGAGCCCAGCCCUUCCGCAAACAGAGAGGAGAAGCCUGUUGAGGAAUCGUCGGAUCAGGUGGCGGGGACAGGUGUGGAUGCACAGGCGGAGGCCGAAGGCAGCCGCCCGUCCAUGGACUUGUUCAAGGCCAUCUUUGCCAGCUCCUCCGAUGAGAAGUCCUCCUCCUCCGAGGACGAGCCCGGAGACAGCGAGGAUGAUGAUGAGGGCCCUGGGGAGGCCGAGGUGAAGAGUCCCCAGGAGCCCAGCUUGGAAACGGCCCCUGUGGCCCAAGCCAGCAAGCCCGAGCCCCAAGAGCCCAGGCUCCCUUUCCCGAUUCAGAAGAUGCAGCUGGAUGAGCGAGAAGAGUUUGGCCCGCGGCUGCCGCCCGUCUUCUGCCCCAAUGCUCGGCUGGAACCCGAGCCGCCUCUGAGAGAGAAACUGAAGAAAAGCAAAGACAAACACAAGGCCAAGAAAGAGCAUCGCAGAAAGAAGGAGAAGAAAAAGAAACACCGGAAGCACAAACACAAAAGCAAACAAAAGAACAAAAAGCCAGAGAAAAGCAGCAGCUCCGAGAGCGCCACGAGCAGUGACAGCGAGAGUGAUGAAGGAGGGGUGGCCGGCUUGUCCCCCGAGGAGCUGCUGCGACGGCUGAAACGUUUUCCCCUCAAGAGGCAGUAAUUGAAUGCUACUCGACUCCCAGCUCUCCUCCAUGAUGGAUGCCCACUGGUUGUUCAGUUAACACAUUGUACAGAUUGUAUUUAUAUGUAAAUUCUGCUGUAAAAUAAUUUGUAAAACCUUGACAUUUCAGACACUGCCUUGGAAGCUUGUGGAAACUGAUUUCUAUUUUUAACUUCAUUUCGUGUCAGAGGAAAAAUUUAGAUGGUGUAACUUAAUUAAAAUGAAUUUUUUCUAUUU